AUGGCGUCCACUCCUCCUCAAACUUCUAAGAGUUCGUAACACUUUGGUAGUGGCCGUCUAAAAUUUGCAAGACGAACAUCUAGCGGACGUUACGUGUUUGUCCGAGAUAAUAUUGAAUUAUCAGGUGAGCUCUCUGGAGUUUCUAACUAUACCGUGCACAUACCUCCGACGCCUGACAACCAGCCCAUGGGCACCAAAGGAGAGCAGUAUGUGUCAAAUUCCCUAUUUACUGGUGGUUUUAACAGUGUCACCCGUGCACAUCUUAUGGACAAAGUCAUCGAUUCAGAUGUGACACACCCUCAGAUGGCUGGCGCUAAAGGUUCUUCGUGUGCCAUGCCUGCUUGCGAUGGAAAAGUCAUGAAAGACGAGAGAGAAGACGUGAUGCCAUGUGAAUGUCGGUUCAAGAUUUGCAGAGAUUGCUUCAUGGGCCAAAAAGAAACAGGUUUAUGUCCAGGAUGUAAGGAACAAUAUAAAAUUGGUGACCUAGACGAUGAUACACCUGAUUUUUCUAGUGGCGCUCUCCCUUUACCAGCUCCAGGAAAAGAUCAACGUGGCAACAACAACAUGUCUAUGAUGAAAAGAAAUCAAAACGGUGAAUUUGAUCAUAAUAGAUGGUUAUUUGAAACACAAGGCACAUAUGGUUAUGGAAAUGCGUAUUGGCCUCAAGGAAUGUACGGUGAUGAUAGAGAAGGAAUGAGAGGUGGGAUGGUGGAAGCUGACAAGCCAUGGCGACCUCUGAGCCGGCGGAUCCCAAUCCCAGCUGCCAAUAGCCCAUAUAGACUAUUAAUCGCAAUUCGUUUUGUGGUGCUGUGUUGUUUUUUUCUAACGUGGAUUCGCAACCCUAAUGAAGACGCAAUAUGGUUAUGGCUCAUGUCAAUUAUAUGUGAGCUUUGGUUUGGAUUUUCAUGGAUUUUAGAUCAUCCCAAAUUGUGUCCCAUAAACCGCUCUACUGACCUUGAAGUUCUGCGUGACAAAUUUGACACUUCUCCUUCGAACCCCACAGGGAGAUCCGAUCUCCCAGGUAUUGACCUCUUGUCCACAGCAGAUCCUGAGAAAGAGCCACCCCUUGUCACUGCCAACACUAUGCUUUCCAUCCUGGCUGUUGAUUAUCCAGUGGAGAUGUCGUGUUACCUUUCUGAUGAUGGAGGAGCCCUUUUUAUCAUUGAAGCUAUGGCAGAAGCUGCUAGUUUCGCAGACUUAUGGGUGCCCUUUUGUCGCAAACAUAAUAUCGAACCGAAAUCCAGAUACUAUUUUAGUCUCAAGAUAGAUCCAACAAAGAAUAGUAGGAUUGAUUUUGUGAAAGAUAGGGAAAGAUUGAGAGAGUAUGAUGAGUUCAAAGUUCGCAUCAAUGGCCCCCUGACUCAAUAAGAGAGGUCAGAUGCGUUUAAUGCAGAGAGGAAAUGAGGCUCUAAGCAGAUGAGAGACGGAGGUGAUCCAUGGACCUGUGAAGGUCCUCAAGCCACAUGGAUGGCUGAUGACCACUGGCCAGGAACUUGGGCUGCCUCUACUCGAGAGCAUUCAAAAGGUGAUCAUGCUGGAAUUUACAGGUGAUGUUGAAACCACCCAGCAGGUCCUUUAAUCGGCAAUGACACCGAUAUCAUUGAUUUUUCAGAAACAGAUACUCGUUUACCCAUGUUUGUCUAUAUGUCACGUGAAAAGCGACCUGGUUAUGACCAUAAAAAAGCUGGAGCCAUGAAUGCACUUGUUCGUGCCUCUGCUAUUCUCUCAAAUGGUCCUUUCAUCCUUAAUCUUGAUUGUGAUCAUUACAUUUAUAAUUGUAAGGCCAUUCGGGAAGGGAUGUUUAUGAUGGACAGAGGUGGUGAAGAUAUUUGCUACAUUCAGUUUCCACAAAGAUGAGGUAUCGAUCUUUCUGAUCGAUAUGCUAACAAUAACACAGUAUUCUUUGAUGGUAAUAUGCGUGCCCUCGAUGGUGUCCAGGGACCAGUUUACGUUGGAAGUACUAUGUUUAGGCGCUUUGCCUUAUGGUUUGAUCCACCAAAUCCUGAUAAGAUUCUCGAGAAGAAGGAAUCAGAAACAGAGGCGUUAACCACCAGUGACUUUGACCCAGACCUUGACGUCACACAACUCCCUAAGCGCUUUGGCAACUCUACACUUCUAGCAGAGUCAAUUCCUAUUGCGUUCCAAGGUCGUCCAUUGGCAGACCACCCUGCUGUUAAGUAUGGUCGUCCUCCUGGAGCCCUUAGAGUCCCUCGCGACCCACUUGAUGCCACUGUGGCAGAAUCUGUUUCUGUAAUCUCUUGUUGGUAUGAGGAAACAGAGUGGGGAGAUAGAGUCGGAUGGAUUUAUGGAUCCGUGACAGAAGACGUGGUCACGUAUCGCAUGCAUAAUCGUGGGUGGCGCUCUGUUUACUGCAUCACUAAAAAGAGAUUCUUUUCGAGGCUCUGCACCAUUAAUCUCACAGAUCGUCUUCACCAGGUGUUACGUUGGGCUACCGGCUCUGUUGAAAUCUUCUUCUCUAGAAACAACGCCAUUCUUGCCUCAAAACGUCUCAAGUUCCUCCAACGCCGCUACCUUAAUGUUGGAAUAUAUCCUUUCACCUCAUUGUUUCUAAUCCUCUACUGUUUUCUUCCGGCCUUCUCUCUUUUCUCUGGACAGUUCGUGCGGACACUCAGUAUCUCUUUCUUAGUUUACCUCCUUAUGAUCACCAUUUGUUUGAUUGGCUUGGCUGUUUUGGAGGUUAAAUGGUCUGGCAUUGGACUAGAGGAAUGGUGGGAGAAUGCGUGGUGGCUUAUCUCAGGAACAAGCUCUCACCUUUAUGCGGUUGUGGUCCAAGGAAUUCUCAAAGUCAUUGCAGGGAUCGAAAUUUCCUUUACCCUAACACCCAAUCGGGGUGGAGAUGAUGAUGACAUAUACGCAGAUUUAUACGUAGUAAAAUGGUCGUCGUUGAUGAUACCACCCAUUGUGAUAGCAAUGGUGAACAUAAUAGCAAUCGUGUGCAUUCGUUGGACGAUAUACCAAGCAGUUCCACAAUGGAGCAAGUUAAUUGGAGGAGCAUUUUUCAGUUUCUGGGUCUUGGCACAUUUGUAUCCAUUCGCAAAGGACUAAUGGGACGAGAGGCAAGACUCCACAGUUUUCGUGUGGGCUGGUCUAAUUGCUAUUACCAUCUCUCUACUAUGGACGGCUAUUAAUCCGAAUUCUGGCUGUUGCUGCUGCUGAGGUGUUGGAGGCGGUGGGUUUCAAUUUCCUUGA